CCGCUUCCAGCUGCCUGCAUCCUCGACCAGCGCCGCCAUGCCCAAGUGCCCCAAGUGCAACAAGGAGGUGUACUUCGCUGAGCGGGUGACGUCCCUGGGGAAGGACUGGCACCGCGUGCCCUGCCUCAAGUGAGAGAAAUGUGGGAAGACGCUGACCUCCGGGAGUCACGCUGAGCAUGAGGGCAAGCCUCACUGCAACCACCCCUGCUAUGCAGCCAUGUUCGGGCCCAACGGUUUUGGGCGUGGAGGAGCUGAGAGCCACACUUGCAAGUAA